CUCCUCCCACCUCCAUCGAAGUGGUGGCCGCUGACACGCCAGCCCCCUUCAGCCGCUACCAAGCCCAGAACUUCACGCUGGUCUGCAUCGUGUCCGGAGGGAAGCCAGCGCCCAUGGUUUAUUUCAAACGAGACGGGGAACCCAUCGACGCAGUGCCCCUAACAGAGCCGCCGGCUGCGAGCUCCGGCCCGCUCCAGGACAGCAGGCCCUUCCGCAGCCUCCUACACCGUGACCUGGACGACACCAAGAUGCAGAAGUCACUGUCCCUCUUGGACGGCGAAAACCGGGGUGGGCGACCCUACACGGAGCGCCCUGCCCGCAGCCUGACCCCAGAUCCCAGCGUCCUCCUCCAGCCAACCACGGAGAACAUCCCAGAGACGGUCGUGAGCCGCGAGUUCCCCCGCUGGGUCCACAGCGCUGAGCCCAUCUACUUCCUGCGCCACAGCCGCACCCCGGGCAGCGACGGCACCGUGGAGGUGCGCGCCCUGCUCACCUGGACCCUCAACCCCCAGAUCGACAACGAGGCCCUCUUCAGCUGCGAGGUCAAGCACCCAGCGCUCUCGAUGCCCAUGCAGGCAGAGGUCACGCUGGUUGCCCCUAAAGGACCCAAAAUCAUGAUGACGCCCAGCAGAGCUCGGGUCGGGGACACGGUGAGGAUUCUCGUCCAUGGAUUUCAGAACGAAGUCUUCCCGGAGCCCAUGUUCACGUGGACGCGGGUUGGGAGCCGCCUCCUGGACGGCAGCGCCGAGUUCGACGGGAAGGAGCUGGUGCUGGAGCGGGUUCCGGCCGAGCUCAACGGCUCCAUGUACCGCUGCACAGCCCAGAACCCGCUGGGCUCCACCGACACGCACACCCGGCUCAUCGUGUUUGAAAACCCAAAUAUUCCAAGAGGAACGGAGGAAUACCAUGGUUCCGCGACCGGCCCUGCUGGCGCCCGGCUCACCUUGGUGCUUGCCCUGACAGUGGUCCUGGAGCUGACGUGAAGGCGCGCCCGGCCCCCGCCACUCCAUCGGGCCCCGACAUCUCCGCGAUCGGUUUUCGUUUCUUUUCUAAGCUAUUUCCAGUCUUGUUCUUAGUAUCUUUCUGUCCGUGUCUUGGCUUCUUCAAUCGGUUUAAUUAAAACAAACAGAAUGAUUUUCCCCA